AUGGUCCUAAACACUACCAGCAACGUCAGUACCACUGCAGAAGAACUACAGGGAACCCACGCGAUUGCUAACUUUCAGAUGGCGUUUUCACAGACACUGGUCUGCGUCUUACUAUAUGUGAACUGUGCCAUGAUCUUCACAUUCUUCAAAAAGGAGGCCUUUCGAGAGAACACACGCUACAUUUUGUUUGCGCACAUGCUGGUCGUCGACACCAUGCAGCUGGCGUUGGUUGAUUUGGCGGUCGUGAUAGUCUAUUGCCGCAUCUUCCCACCUGACGGAGUGCGCAUCCUUCUGAGCAUGUUAAUGUUCGCUUUAAGCUGUCACACACCUCUGACUCUAACUGCAAUGUGCUUGGAACGCUACGUAGCUAUUUGCAUGCCACUAAGGCAUGCCGAUAUCUCUACAGUCAAAGCUGCCUGGGUUAGUAUUGGCAUUGUUUGGGUUAUUGGCUGGGUCCCCACCAGCAUUGAUCUCUUUAUUGUCAUAGCAACAAAACGACCACCUAUUUACACGGAAGGCGUAUAUGUGUUUUACGAAAUUAUGUUAAGGUACCCGUGGCAAUACAUUCUGAAGUCAAGCAUCUGUUUGUUCUAUUUUGCCGUAAUAGUCGGAAUUGUGGCAUUCACCUAUAUUCAGAUAAUAAGGGUAGCUAGAUCUGCUUCAGCAGAUAAAAACAUCACGUCCAAAGCUUCCAACACGAUAACCCUGCAUGCUUUUCAGUUAGUGCUUUGUAUAGUCGUACUCAUUUGCCCUCUUAUAGAAGCGGAGGUAAAGAAAAUAGACGCGAAAAGCCUAUCAAGCGUGCGGUAUUUUGACUUCAUUGUCUUUACUUUGUCCCCGCGCUGUUUAAGUCCACUUAUCUAUGGACUGAGGGACGAGAAAUUCAGUAGGGUGCUUAAAUAUUAUAUUAUUUGUGGAUUGACAAAAACAGUGGUCCCAGUUGCAGUAGACGUGUAGACAUUCAAACUAGUUAAUCAUAUAUUUCAUCACAGAGUGAAAAUGUUAUGUUCUUAAUAAUCUUCAGACCCACAGCUUUUUAGAAUGGUAGGCCUACAAGAUAAUGCUGUAUACUUUCCGUGGAUAUUUACCCUGAUACAUCCCUAAAGUCAAGUUAUGUCAGUCUUACCUCAAAAGGGAUGAAUUUUCUGUCUGCAAAAGGUUAAACAAUUGAAAAUCCUGUGAUAUGUAUUUCAUGUACCACAGUUCAACGCCCUUUUACAGUACGUCUUUAGAAAAGGGUAUA